GAACCCGAGGAUUUUGGGACUGAACCCAAGGAUUUUGGGGCCUCCCCUUGCGUGGAGGGGAAGAGGGAAGCGAGGCCUCCGGGGUGGGGCUUGCUCGCCUCGCCGCUCCUUCCUGCGCUGCCGGACCCUGGUGCUGAGGUUUUUCUCCGUGGAGGCGCCGGGAUGGGAAAUUCGCCGCUCCGGUAAUCGCCAGCGAGCCUUCGCGUGACGGAGCCCCCCGGCCAUGUCCACCAAGGCGCCCAUCUACCUGAAGCGGGGCAGCCGCAAGGGGAAGCGCGCCAAGCUGCGCGACGUGCUGUCCUGCGACAUGAUCAGCCCGCCGCUCGGCGACUUCCGCCACACCAUCCACGUGGGCAGCGGCGGCGAGGGCGACACCUUCGGCGACGUCUCCUUCCUCCGCGGCAAAUUCCACCUCCUGCCCCGCGCCGAGACCGCCAGCGCCUCGUCCUUCCAAUUUGCCAGGACUUCCACCCUCGGGGAGCGCCCGGCCUCGGAGGCGGCCUCGCCGUUGCUCAAAAACGCCGUUUCUUUACCCGUUCUGGGCGCCCCGCAGGCGUUGACGCUGCCGGCGGCGCCGGCUCCUCCGAAACCGCCGCGGUUGCACCUCGAUGAGCGGGUUGGCUUGGAGGAGGAAGAGGAGGAAGAGCGGGGCGCCGAGCCCUUCCUCCCGCACGCCGGCUCCCUCCUCUCCCUCCACGUCGACUUGGGGCCGUCCAUCCUGGAGGACGUCCUGCAGGUGAUGGAGAGGCAUCAAGCGGAGGGAUCGGUGCAGAUCUUGACCUGAAAGUGAGCAAAAACGUGAAAAGGGAGAAAAAAAACAACAAAAAAUGGCAAAAAAACAGGUAUUUUUCCAUCAUUUUUCCUUUUUCCCGUUGGCUCAAACUCAACCGUUGCCGACCCCGUGCGUUUCGGGAGGGGUUUGGUGGAGGAAUUGGUGAAAUAACUCCCAACGUGUUGGCUUGGUCAAGCAAAAACGCCGCAAAUGGGGAAAUUCGGCGGUUCUGUGGAAAAAAAACACCCACCCCGCCAGGCUUUGAGGGUGAGGGAGAAGAAGGAGAAGCCGAAAAAUGCCAUUUUUGCAAGGAAAAUAGUGCCCGGAGCGCGGGGUUGGAGUUGGAAAGGUGAAAAUGAGACACGGAGGAGGGCGGGGAGCGUCCUCAGGCUCCCCAAAUCGCCAAAAACCCCAAUUCUGCUGAUCUUGGGGCAAAAUGGGCCACGGGGACUUUCGUUUUCCUUCGUGACGCAGGAUCAAGGCGAAGAAAAUCCCACUGGGGCUUAAAAAACUUUGGGUUUUAAUAAACUGCGUCGCUUUUAACCGUUUUCAGCACUUUUUAGCCCAGAAGAAGGCUGCUGAGGAACCUCUCGGGGAGCUCCCUGACUUUUUUUUGGUGGUUUAUCGCGUUUCUGUACGUUGUUGGCCGACGUUUGGAUGGGUGAAUUGUUAAUUAAUGAGGCAUUCGUUAAUUAACGAGGCAUUAGACUAAUGAGCACUGUGCAGUCGUGUCCUGGCUCCCAUUUACUUGGCCCGUUUGCUUCUUGGGGGGUGCUUACAGGGAAGGUUGCGGGCAAAUGGCAAAAUUUGGGGGUUAAACAGCAACUUUUGGGGUUGAAUGACAAGCUUUUGGGGUUAAAUGGCAACAUUCUGGGGUUAAACAGGAACUUUUGGGGUUAAACAUCAGCAUUUUGAGGUUGAAAGGUAACUUGGGAUUGAAUGGCAACAUUUUGGGGGGCAAACAGCAACAUUUUGAGGUUGAAAGGUAACUUGGGAUUGAACGGCAACUUUGGGGGUCAAACGGCAAGAUUUUGGGGUUAAAUGGCAACGUUUUGGGGUUAAAUGUCAAGAUUUGGGGGUUAAAAGGCAACGUUUUGGGGUUAAUUGGCAAGAUUUUGGGGUUAAUCGGCAAGCUAACAGCCCUGCUCGGAGUAAGACCUGGUGAGGAGGAGGCAGCCUGCUUAAUUUUAUUUGUUUUAUUUAUUUGGGGCAUCAACUGCUCCAAUUUGGCCUUAAUUUGGCCCCAAACCCACCUUGUUUGAUACAUUUUUUUGCUCCCGGGGAUCACAGCACCCCUCUGAGCACAUAAUUUGGCUCCUUUUUUUCCCCUUUUUCCCCCUUUUUUUCGGUGUCUCAUCUCCCUCACUGCUCCCCUGCUGAAGAAGCUGAAAAUAAUAAUAAUAAAAAAGGGCAUUUUU